AUGCCUUCGAAGACAAAGUAUCAAACAACGUCCUCGACAAAUCGUAUUGCAUCGAAACAGAAGGACAAGAACAAGGUCAAGGCUUCCACUCAUUGUGAAGCCAUGAAAAGAUUUGACCAAGAGGACGAUCAAUAUCGAGAGUUCCUCAUCAACGGUCUAGAGGCUCGUAAGAAGUCAAGAAAUCAACAGGGACAUCCCCUUGACGACCGGAAAAGCUGUAUGUCUCCUGCUUCUUAUCUCAUGCCACGCGUUACAGCGGCUGACACCAUCCAUGAAUCAGCGCAAACCAAGCUGUGA